CCCACAGACACUCACACACACACUCUCCUCCAGCCCCACCGCCCCACCAUGGCCGCCUCCACCCUGUCCGUCUGCUCCAGCGACCUGAGCUACGGCAGCCGGGUCUGCCAGCCCGGGUCCUGGGACUCCUGCCCCAGCUGCUCCCGCCAGGUGGACGACUGCCCAGAGAGCUGCUGCGAGCCCCCCUACGGCACCCCCAGCUGCUGCGCCCCGGCCCCCUGCCUGACCCUCCUCUGCAUCCCAGCCAGCUGUGUGUGCAGCCCCUGCCAGUCAGCCUGCACCAGCUCCUGUACUCCCUCCUGCUGCCAGCAGUCUAGCUGCCAGCCCUCCUGCUGCACCUCCUCCCCCUGCCAGCCAUCCUGCUGUGUGCCUGUCUCCUGCACACCUGUCUCCUGCACACCUGUCUCCUGCACACCUGUCUGCUCCACACCAGUCUGCUCCACACCUGUCUCCUGCACAUCCAUCUCCUGCACACCCAUCUGCUGCAAGCCUGUGUGCCGUGUGCCCAUCUGCUCCGAGGCCUGCCCCUCCUCAGACCCCUCCUGCUGCCAGCAGUCUAGCUGCCAGCCCUCCUGCUGCACCUCCUCCCCCUGCCAGCAGGACUGCUGUGUGCCUGUCUCCUGCACACCAGUCUGCUCUGGGGCUGCCCUCUGCCCAGCCCCCUCGUGCUGCCAGCCCACCCCCUGCUCCCCGUCCUGCUGCAGACCCUCCUCCUGCAUGUCCCUCAUCUGCCGCCCUGUGUGCAGACCCUCCUCCUGCGUGUCCCUCAUCUGCCGCAGGCCCGCCUGCUGCGUGCCCGUCUCCUCCUGCUGUGCCCCCGCCUCCUGCCAGCCAAGCUGCUGCCGCCCGGCCUCCUGCGUGUCCCUGCUCUGCCGCCCCGUGUGCUCCCGCGUGGCCUGCUGUGGCCCCGCCUCAGCCCAGAAGUCCUGCUGCUGACCGGGCACGUCCCCCACCUCUCCCACUGCUGCCAUCGGAUGUAACCCCAGCACAAGCUUCAGUACUCGUCUCAGCGUGAGCAUUCGCUGACCUCAGACCCCAACGACCAGGGCUCAGCCCAUCUGCAGCCUCCACAUCAGGCCUGUAUGAACCUGAGACGGCCCUCCCCUAUCAUUGGUGGGCUCACCGGCCAUGGCC